AUGCCGCCUCGCGACCAUCCCGAUCAUGUUCGCGAUCUGUCUCGACGCUCUUUGCCUACACCAACGACCACCCAACAGCCACCUCACACCUCACGAUACAGCUCGCUUGCAGCACUCCACAAACCGCGGCUUCCAAACGGGCAGCGUCUCACUCUUCCUUUUGCAUUCGCAAGCGUCCAGAGUCCAGGUAGCUUCACCGCCUUUCACGGCGCUUAUCCACCUCGAAGCUCCUUCGACCGUCCCAUCGCGUUCCUCGCCCACGACGCUCGCUUUCCACGUCCCGCCAACUAUCAGGUCGGCUGUCGUAUUUCGUCCAGCCUCUCUCACGAGUGCCAGCUCGACAACCCACACCACGGCGACGUCCAGAGCGACAGCAGCAACGACGACGACGACAACGAAGUUGAGGCUGUUUCUUGCCCCAGUCCCUCACCGCCUCGGACUGAUUUACCCUCAGGUAGCGAAGAGACAUCGUCCACGCGACGCUCUUCGUUUCCUUCCAUAACCACCAAUAUGUCGGCAGCAGCGUCCCUCGACUUGCUCCCACGCGUGGGUCCUUCGAACGGCAUGCACAGCCCCUUUUCGAUACCUCAUCCGCUCUUUGCUCACGACGGGGCUCCCUCCUCCUCCAACAGCUGGAUGCCCAGAUCGCCAUCAUAUUCCUCUUCUGAAGCCCGACCGCUCCCUUCUCUGGUAAACGAAGCGGGUGUGCGCACAAACGACGCUCUCCUCCAUGCGCUCGCAGGCACACCCAGCGGCAUGCAGUCCUCUUCCUCUUCCAGCUCCUUCGCAGCGGCCAGCCCGUCCUCUCUCGACGUGAGCCAGACCGCAGGUUCCUCACUCUCCGGUGGUGGCAGCUUCACCAGCUCUGGCGCCUACUCGAGCAGCAACAGCGGCACCUUUGGCCAACCGGGCAGAAGCAGCAGCGGAAGCGGUGGUGCUGCAGACCGCAAUGGCUCGCGCAACAACGGAUCCGGCGACGACAACGGCUCCGAAGGAAACGGAGACGACGGCUCCAGGGACGCCAGCGAGAAGGACAAGGCCAAGAGAGCCAAUCCACUCGUCGACUUGCUUGAGACAGAAACCGCCUACGUCUCGGAACUCAGCAAGAUCAUCAAAAAGGUCGCCGCCGCUUGGUCGCGCUCCAACUUUCCCCCACAAGAACUCGACAACAUGUUUCGCAACAUCGAGGCCAUCUACAGAGCCAACCGCAGCUUCCUCAAGGCGCUCAAAGAGAUUGGUCCCAACCCUUCCUCACCCAAAGCCCUAGGCGACCUGCUUAUGAAGUGGAUCGAUGACCUUGAAUCGCCGUACUCGCGCUUCUGCGAUAGCUACCUUGCCGACUUCGACGCCUGGUCUACGGUCCAGUCCAAUCCGCGCCUCGCCAAGCUACUCGAAGAGGUGUCUGGAUCCACCGAUGCAGAGGGCAGACCCGUCGUCUUCAGCGACCGAAAGCGCGAUCCAAACGAGCCGUGGACGCUCGACAGCCUCUUUGCGCUCCCGCACCUCCGUCUCAAGUACUACAAGAAGCUCUACUCCCGGCUGCUCAAAAGCACGCAGCCAGGCAGAAGCGACCAUCGUCUGCUCGUGCGCGCAAACGAGAAGCUCGAUCAGCUCGUCGAAAAGUCAAAGCGCAGACUAGCAGUAUCGGUGCUCGACGAGGUCGCCGGUCGCGAGUCCCGUGACAGCUCCUUUGCUGAAAGCAACGUCACCAGCGAAAACUCGCCGCGCGAUCGUGUCUCUUCUGCCACCUCCAAUUCCGAGUCGCAGUCUCCCAGCGUGCGACCCGUACAAACGAUCGGUACCAAGACCUCUCCGCCUCGUGGCUCCGCCACAGACCCGAGCAAUGGUGUCAGCAUUGGCUCUGCUGCCGCUGUUGCCCCGACGUCUGCGCUACUCCCUUCUGCAGGUCGGGCACCCACACCCGGAGGUCUGCCCAUGCUCGGCGCUGGUGCACCGCUCACUACACAGCUGAACGGGCUCAGCAUCGACCUGCCUAGCGUCUCGCCGUCGCGCCCCGAUCUGAUCCGGGGCAACUCGGAGGCCGCUAGCGUGCAUGACAGCAGCUCACAGACUGCUGGCGAUGACGCUGCAUCUCAACGCACCAACUCGCUCUCGCAGCCCAUCGAACUGCUCGAGAAGCGCCUCGACACGUCCAGGACGCUCGACAUUUUCACCAUGAAGCCGAAAAAGUGCCAGUUGCAGAUGCAUCCGCCCAACCUGCCCUUCACACGCUCCUUGCGCAAGUCGGCCGACGUCGUGAUCGACUUCACACCGUCCAGCGGUGGUCCUGAGAUCAACAUUCGCAGAGCACACCUAUUCCUGCUCACCGACCUCUUCUUGGUCUGCGAGCGCAUGACGCCUAGCGAGAAGGCCGAGCUGUCCAAAGGCGGCGUGGGACCCGAUAUGUGGCUGCUGUAUCCACCUCUGGCAGGCAAGCAUCUGCGUGUCGCUGACGUGGGUGGACAGGGCAACGUCAUGUCCAUCACGAUCCUGAAAAAGGAGAAGCUGAUCGUGCACACCGACUCGCGCCAAGCCAAGGAGGAAUGGCUCGAGCAUUUCGCCGAUUGCCAAAAGUUUGCCGCCAAUCUUGGACUCAAGGUGCAGACAGGUGGCAACACUGCGACAUCGGCGCCGGUAGCAGCUGGCAGCAGUCUCGUCUCUGGUGCAUCUCUCACAUCGGGAGCGCCUAGCCUCAUCACGCCUGCGCUCUCACCCGCCAUCUCUAUCACACCCUCUUCCAUACAAGGACACGAUGAGGGCACAGAUAGGCUUCCCGCACCGUUCAACGCUGAAGGCAGCAACUCGCCCGUCAUUGGCUCAGAUCUGUCCAGACAAGCUUCGUUCAAUUCGGUCGCAUCCUUCCCCAAGGCGGCUGCACCCGGCUCGCCCGAUCUUGGUGCUUGGCAACCCGGCAGCGGCUCGGCCUUCUCGCCACGCUCGCCCUCCCCCUCGCAAUACGGGCCAGGCAGCGGCCCAAGUGGGUUCGGUGGACCCGGUAUGCCUCGUCCGCCUAUGCCCCGUCCUGGCAUGAUGUCGCCUGGCAACGGUACGCUCUCGCCGGACACGAGUCCAGCUUUUGGUCCUGCCCGCUACGGUCCCGGAGGAUUUGGCCCCAAUGGACCGACGGGCAUGGGACGACCACCAUUGAUGCAAGAUCCGCAUAUGCCACCUCGCUCGCCUGGAGGCAUGCGAGGGCCAGGAGGACCUGGGGGGCCCGGAGGACCGAUGCAAUUCCCAAGAGGCGGUCCAAGUCCGGUUCCUGGUCAGAUGCCCGGUCCAGGUGGUACCAGUCCUGGGUUUGGUCCAAUGCAUGUGCGACCUGGAAAAGGACCGGGCCCUGGACCCGCGCCUGGCAUGGGGCCUGGAGGGCCAAUGCCACCCUUUGCGAACGGGGCACCCAGACCGCCGAUGGCACGACCGCCUCCUGGCGGGCCUGGUGGACCGUCAUGGAUGCAGGGACCGCCUCCUCCCCCGCCCAACGGUAUGGGGCCACGCGAGGCCAUGCGACGACCGUCUGCGCCUAACCUGCGCCAAGCAUCGCAUGGCUCGUCUGGCGGCGGACGUACCUCGGACGAAGGCGAAGGCGCUCGGUCUUUUAUCCGCACGCGCUCGGUGUCUAGCACGGGAUCCACUGCGCCCAAGCUGCCGUCGGCCAUGAUGAAGGAAGGGCGAGAUCGAAGCGAGCGCGGCACCGACAUCUCGCCACCCAGCAGCCCAGUUUCCAAGAGGCAAGGUCCGUUCCGCAGCACGGUGUCUGCGCAGAUGCGAUGCAAGCUGUUCCUCAAGCAGAGCCACGCGCAGUGGAAGUCGCUGGGCAAUGCGAGGUUGAAGCUGUACCACAUCUUGCCGGACGACAUCAAGCAGUUGGUGGUGGAGAACGAUCGCAAGACGCUCAUCUCGACGAUCGUGCUGACGGACGGCGUGGAGCGUGUGGGCAAGGUGGGUGUCGCCGUGGAGCUGAGUGACCGGGGCAACCGCACUGGUAUCAUCUACAUGCUGCAGAUGCGGAGCGAAGAGUCGGCGGGCGGGUUGUUUGGGCAGUUGUUGGAGGGGAGCGAUAGAACGGCGGCGGCCACCUCGAUGGGUGGCAGUCUUGCUUGA